CACGGCAGUUUAUAACUCCCCAAACUAACUAAUUACUAUGGUAGGUGGUGAGCCUUGUACGGAGAUGCAUUCUGUUGCUCCUAAGAAAGAAAGACAGGAAAAGGAACAGAUCAAGCUCGGACCCCAGAACGUGCGUGAGGGAGAGGAGGUGUUCGCUGUUACUCACAUCUACGCUUCCUUCAACGAUACCUUCAUUCACGUCACCGAUAUGUCCGGACGUGAGACCCUGGUCCGUGUGACUGGAGGAAUGAAGGUGAAGGCUGAUCGUGAUGAGUCUUCUCCCUACGCUGCCAUGCUUGCUGCUCAGGAUGUGGCUGCUCGUUGCAAGGAGCUCGGCAUCACUGCCAUGCACAUCAAGCUGCGAGCUACUGGAGGUAACGGAACCACUUCUCCCGGUCCCGGUGCUCAGGCUGCUCUGCGUGCUCUGGCCCGUGCUGGAAUGAAGAUCGGAAGAAUCGAGGAUGUGACUCCCAUUCCCACCGAUUCUACCCGCAAGCCCCAGGGUCGUCGUGGUCGCCGUCUGUAAUUUGUUGGUUACGAACUGCGAAAC